CCUGAACUCCUUGCUUCCGGAAUCUGGGAUUGUUGCUGACAUCGAAUUAGAAAACGUCCUAGAUCCUGAUAGCUUCUACGAGCUCAAAAGCCAACCCCUAUCCCUCCGCUCCAGCCUCCCAAUAUCACUGCAGGCCACACCAGCCACCCCAGCUACACUCUCUACAUCGUCUUCUGCAGGGGGCUCCAGGACCCCUGCCAUGUCAUCAUCUUCUUCAUCGCGGGUCUUGCUGCGGCAGCAGCUAAUGCCGGCCCAGGGCCAGGGUGAGCGUCGGGAACAGGCCGCAGCUGCUCCCUUCCCCAGUCCUGCACCUGCCUCUCCUGCCAUCUCUGUGGUUGGCGUCUCUGCUGGAGGCCACACAUUGGGCCGUCCACCCCCUGCUCAGGUGCCCAGGGAGGUGCUCAAGGUACAAACCCACCUGGAGAACCCGACACGCUACCACCUGCAGCAGGCACGCCGGCAGCAGGUGAAACAGUACCUGUCUACCACACUUGGGCCCAAACUGGCUUCCCAGGCCCUCACUCCACCACCAGGGCCUGCGAGUGCUCAGCCACUGCCUGCCCCUGAGGCUGCCCACACUACUGGCCCCACAGGCAGUGCUCCCAACAGCCCCAUGGCGCUGCUCACCAUUGGAUCCAGCUCAGAGAAGGAGAUUGAUGAUGUCAUUGAUGAGAUCAUCAGCCUGGAGUCCAGUUACAAUGAUGAGAUGCUCAGCUAUCUGCCUGGAGGCACUGCAGGACUGCAGCUCCCCAGCACGCUGCCUGUGUCAGGGAAUCUGCUUGAUGUGUACAACAGUCAGGGCGUAGCCACACCAGCCAUCACUGUCAGCAACUCCUGCCCAGCUGAGCUACCCAACAUCAAACGGGAGAUCUCUGAGACCGAGGCAAAAGCUCUUUUGAAGGAACGGCAGAAGAAAGACAAUCACAAUCUAAUUGAGCGUCGCAGGCGAUUCAACAUUAACGAUAGGAUCAAGGAGCUGGGUACCCUCAUCCCCAAGUCCAGCGACCCGGAGAUGCGCUGGAACAAGGGCACCAUCCUGAAGGCCUCUGUGGAUUAUAUCCGCAAGUUGCAGAAGGAACAACAGCGUUCCAAAGAUCUGGAGAGCCGGCAGCGAUCUCUGGAGCAGGCCAACCGCAGCCUGCAGCUCCGAAUUCAGGAGCUAGAACUGCAGGCCCAGAUCCAUGGUCUGCCAGUACCUCCCACCCCAGGGUUGCUCUCCCUGGCCACGCCUUCGGCCUCUGACAACCUCAAGCCAGAGCA